AAAAAUUCCAAUAAUGAUAUUUUUCAUGCAUGUGCUUGAUCAGUGACAUUGUAACUAAUAUAAGCAGGCAGAUUGAUGUCCAAUGCUCUGAUGACUGCAGUUGCCUUGCUUAUAUACCUCACUCAUGCUCCCAAUGUCUGGUUACACUUCAUUCCACUCGCAACUGGAUCUGUAAACACUACUCUGUACUUUAACAAUACAUCCAUAUCUGGAAGAAGGCUCUCAUUCACCUAAAUUGUUGCCAGAGACUAAAGAACCCAACAUAAGCAUUCCAUAGUGGCAACAAAGUCAUGACAGAGGCUGAGAUGGAGGUGACAGCGGUGCUUGGUGUGUUUGAUUAUGUGGUAGUGGCGAUGCUGCUGCUGCUGUCAUCCUCAAUAGGCCUGUACUACAGGCUUACAGGAGGCAAACAGGCCACACUCAAGGAGUUUAUGCUAGCCGACAACAGCAUGCCAUUCGUGCCUGUGGCAUUCUCACUGAUGGCCUCCUUCAUGUCGGCCAUCACGCUGCUGGGGGUGGUGCAGGAGAUGUACAUGUUCGGCACCAUGUUCAUCAUGAUCAACUUGGCCUACAUUAUCUGCACACCCAUCGUCUGCUACUUCUACCUCCCUGUCUUCUACAACCUCCAAAAAAUAAGCGUCUACAAGUACCUGGAGCUACGUUUCGGCUACCAGACUCGCCUGCUCGCGUCGCUGUCGUUCACGCUGCAGAUGACGCUGUACACCGGCAUAGUGUUGUACGCCCCUGCCCUGGCACUAGCUGCUGUCACUGGUCUGUCACAAGCCCUGAGUAUCGCGCUGGUGGGUAGCGUGUGCACAUUGUACUCAGCCCUGGGUGGCAUGAAGGCCGUACUCAUCACUGAUGUACUGCAGUCUGUACUCAUGUUCGCUGCCGUACUCAUAGUUGUCUGUACCGGGCUGCAGACCUUCUCGCUCUCACAGGUCUUCUCCAUCGCUAAUCAGUCUGGCAGACUUCAGUUCUUCUCACUGGACCCCGACCCCCGGACGCGACACACGCUCUGGACGCAGGUGCUGGGGGGCAGCGUCACCUACCUGUCCCUUUACGCCGUAAACCAGGCGCAGGUGCAGCGCCUGCUCGCCUGCAGAACCCUGAAGCAGGCGCAGUGUGCAGUGUGGUUGCAGUGGCCCAUACUGAUGACACUGUCACUGAGCACUGCACUGGCCGGCCUCAUCAUAUACGCGCAGUAUAGUCAGUGUGAUCCUCUACUGACCGGCGUCAUCAGCAAGUCUGACCAGGUGAACUAUUUAUACGGCGCCCUCUGCAUCGGGCUGGCGUUCGUGACGGCCUCGCUGGGCGCAGGUGUGCUGCAGGCGUCGCUGACGGUGUUUGGGGCCGUGGGGGGGCCUCUCCUGGGGCUCUUCACGCUGGGCAUGACCACACGCAGUGUGGGCCAGAGGGGCGCCGUGAUGGGGCUCGUCGUGGGCUUGGGGCUCAGUUUAUGGAUCGGGUUCGGUCAGCCCAAGCCCUCUCCGUCCUACAAGCCCAGAUCCAUCGAGGGCUGUGCUGACAUCAGCACUGGCCGCAAUGUCAGCUUCUUGCUCACCGUGCCGCCGCUGGCUGACACCAGUGCUGAUGGACGGUGGUCGGCUGACACCAGUGCUGAUGGACGGUGGUCGGCUGACACCAGACAUGCCAGUAUAGCUGACAAGACAGCAAGGAUGACCAAGGAUAACGUCACUGAUGUCAGGAAGCCCUCGUCCAUAGGGCUGACCCCCAAUACCACUGGGGAGGCAGGGGACCCUAGUGGAGCUAGUAGCCCCUCUGGUGGGGCCAGUAGCCCCCUACACGAGCUCUACGCGGUCUCCUACGCCUGGAUCGGCACUAUCGGUUUCAUGAGCACAUACGUGACAGCGGUACUGCUGACGCUGGUCACGCGCUGUAUGUCAGGAGCCGCUGACGCAGACGUGGAUGAGCUGCUGCUGACGCCGUGCUGUAGGAGGAAGCCUCCUGACGCUGACAAGCUGUCCUGCCUUGCUGAUGUCAGGCAGCGAGGGCUCCUUCAUAACGACUCGACGAACGCGUUCGAGGAAAUUAUGGACAACAGCAAACUUUGAUUGACCUGCCACGCAGUCUGCGUUGUCUGCCUUGACCUGCCACGCAGUCUGCGCUCUCUGUCUUGACCUGCCACGCAGUCUGCGCCCUCUGUCUUGACCUGCCACGCAGUCUGCGCUCUCUGACACGGCUGGUUAACGUCUUACUAAAGAAGUUAAGAGGAGGCAAGUUUAUCAUUGAGAUCUUCAAGAAACUAAUGGAUGUGAUCAUAGAUACAACUCCUGAUUGUCCGCCUCUGCACCACCACCAGCGACAACAAUAAAGCAAUAACAUCGUGCAUCAUCUUACUUAACUAAGGGCAGAUGCGCGGUAAUUACAGGCUGGUCCGUGGGACCUUGGUGACGAGAACGACUUACCUGCAGGGGCUGAAGGCGGUGGUACAGUAAGGUGGUGCUUCAGCGUGGGCUGGGGCUCCUGCGUACGAAACACAUGUUAAGGAUACAAAGAAACAUUCCCCAUUCUGAACUAUCUCAACGCCAGCGCUCUAACUAUAAUUAAAGUUAUGAUUAGGGGCGAAUUAUUGAUAUGCCAUCGAAUUACGCUCGAUACAUAUUGAAUUCAAGAUAACACCAUAUUUUUCAUCUGAAAAAUGCUGGCAAUAUUUAUAUUUGAGGUCAGACUUCAAAAUUCAUCCUCCAUUGCCACUGAAAAAUUGAUGGUAAUUUACGUGCAGUUUGAAAACUUCGAGCUCUGAUGGUUACAAGUUGCUGAUGCUUUAGGCGAAGUUGACUUGGUGGUCUAAGUUUAUUUAGUGACCAAAGUUCUCUCGGUGGUCAGAGUUGACUUAGGAGCCGGAAUCGACUUAAAAAUAAGAAUUGACUUAGUAGUUAAAUUUGACUUAGUGGUCAGAGUUGACUUAGUGGUCAGAGCUGACUUAGGAGUCAGCGUUGACUAGUAUUGGGCCUGUGUGGUGUUGUUUGGCGCAAUAGUGUGUUGAGUAGUAACUAGAUAUUAGUAGCUUGCACGUGAGUGUUGAGUGUGUUGAGUAGGUAGACUGUUGAAGUUUGUCAAGCGUUAGGUUCUAAGCAGUGAGACAGCAACUCGUUAGUCUUCACUAUUUGUUUGCAUUUUGAAUGUGUCAAGUAUGUUAGUGUAGCACUAUUUGACCUGCAGCUGUCCUUAUUACAAUAUUGAAGACAAUUACUAUACAUUUUUAAUGAUUAUAACCACACACGUGGGCAUAGAUGAAAUUCUUGCGUUAAUUUUCACAAUCUGUUAUCGUAGAUACUCGUUAUCCGCGACUUAAUCCAAGCACAAAAUGUUAUAAGAAGUCCUUAUGUCAUUGCUAAUGAUGGCUAGUAAUUACAAAGUACUGAGCAUAAUACAAUUACUGAGCAAAAUACAAUUACUGAGCAUAAUACUGAGCAUAAUAACAAAAAUUACUGAGCAUAAUACAAUUACUGAGCCUAAUAAUACAAUUACUGGUACUGAGCAUAAUAAAGGCUAUUGCGCAUAAUAUUAUUGCUUAUAUUAUUAUAUUUAUUGUUGUUUUUCGAGAUGUUAAGAGUUUGUAGCUAAACAUUUUCAUGUUGUUGAAUCUUGUUUGAAGUACAAAUUGUUUGGUAAGCGGCAAUAAAAUUCUAAUGUAACAUUUUUGGUCCUUAAUAAGGACCAAAACUAAUUUUAUUGCCAGUUACUAAACAAUAACCAAGCUUUGAUGAAUAAAAUAUGCUAUCUUUUAUAUGAAGAGUGCAGACACCUGACGCGCGUAAUGCUGUGCUUAGUUGUUGUAUUGUUAGAUAUUUAAUAAUUUUAAAUUUAAAAGGUCACAUUUUUAAAUGUAAAGGGACGAACAUUUUUGUGUUACUCUAUCAACUGAACAAUUUUGUGUUACUCUGUCAACUGAACAAUUUUGUGUUACUCUGUCAACUGAACAAUUUUGUGUUACUCUAUCAACUGAACAAUUUUGUGUUACUCUAUCAACUGAACAAUUUUGUGUUACU